CUGUCCUGUGUCUUUGUGCCCUCUCUCUUGGUAGACACGAGGCCCUGAAUGGCAGAGGAGAAUCACACCUCGGUGGCCGAGUUCAUUCUUGAGGGCCUGACUGACCAACCAGAGAUGAAGGCAGCCCUCUUCGUGGUGUUUUUGCUCAUAUACAUCAUCACCCUUUUGGGCAACAUGGGGAUAAUCAUCAUCAUCCGAGGUGACCCCCGGCUCCACACAUCCAUGUACUUCUUCCUUGGCAGCCUCUCGGUGGUGGACAUCUGCUUCUCUUCUGUGAUUGCCCCCAGGACUCUGGUGAACUUCCUAUCGGAGAGGAGGACCAUUCCUUUGCUGGGCUGCACAGGCCAAACCUUCUUUUACAUUGUUUUUGUGACCACUGAGUGCUUCCUGCUGGCUGUCAUGGCAUAUGACCGGUACGUGGCCAUCUGUAACCCACUGCUCUAUUCCUCCAUUAUGACUCGGAGGCUGUGUGUGCAGCUGGUGGUGGGGUCCUACAUUGGGGGCAUCCUGAAUGCCAUCAUACAGAUGACCUUCAUCAUCAGGCUGCCCUUCUGCAGCUCCAAUGUCAUCAAUCACUUCUUCUGUGAUGUUCCUCCCCUCCUGGCUCUGUCCUGUGCCAACACCUACAUCAACGAGAUGAUCCUCUUCUCCUUAGCUGGUGUCAUCGAGCUCAGCACCAUCUCCAUCAUCCUGGUCUCAUACAUCUUCAUCUUCUGUGCCAUCCUGAGGAUCCGUUCAGCUGAAGGUAGGCAAAAAGCCUUCUCCACCUGUGUGUCCCACCUGACAGCUGUGACCCUGUUGUAUGGGACGACAAUUUUCAUGUACUUGCGCCCCAGCUCUAGUUACUCCCUGAACACAGAUAAGAUGGUCUCCGUCUUCUACACAGUGGUGAUCCCAAUGCUGAACCCACUCAUCUACAGCCUGAGGAACCAGGUGGUGAAGGAUGCACUGAGGAGAAGAGCAGAAAAAAUCACUGUUGGGGUCUGAGCAGAGUUAAUGACACAGGAGCCGGCGAAGACAUUGGAAAACCACAAAUGCACACAGUGUCAUAGACCAGGACUCAGGCCACCUGGCUGCGAAGCUUUGAUUCAGGCUGUGGAGCCUCUGUCCAUGCAGGUGUUCCAAACAUGUCUGAACGAGGCCAUGUGCAAUCAUUUAGUGUAAGGUCAGCCCUGAUUUGAGCAGGAGAUGGGAUUCUUUUGAUCAGAAAGGACAUGUGGGAGGCCUCUAGUCCUAUGAGUGCCAAGUUAUAUGCAUUCACAUGUGUGUGUAUCCAUAAAAAUGCAGCAAUUCCAUAUUAUACAACAUAUUUAUUAUAUUCCUUUGUGUCCACAUACACAUUUGUUACUGA